UCUCUUAUCACAUAAUCUAAAACCACAAUUCGUCUUUGCUCGUUUUUGGUUUCCAAUUGCCUCUCCACUCUUCACUCCCUGAGCAUCCUCAUACCCUACCCAUCGCCGACGAUGCCGCCGAAGUUUGAUCCCACUCAGGUUGUCGACGUGUUCGUCCGGGUCACCGGCGGAGAAGUCGGUGCUGCCAGUUCUCUCGCCCCUAAGAUCGGUCCGCUCGGUCUAUCGCCCAAGAAAAUUGGUGAAGACAUUGCCAAGGAAACCGCCAAGGAUUGGAAGGGCCUCCGCGUCACUGUCAAGCUCACCGUCCAAAACCGUCAGGCUAAGGUGACCGUUGUGCCCUCCGCCGCCGCUUUAGUCAUCAAGGCACUCAAGGAGCCGGAGCGCGACCGUAAGAAGACGAAGAACAUCAAGCACAAUGGCAAUAUCUCGCUUGAUGAUGUUAUCGAGAUUGCUAAGGUGAUGAGGCCUCGCUCCAUGGCUAAGGAUUUGGCUGGUACGGUGAAGGAGAUUCUCGGCACGUGUGUUUCUGUAGGGUGCACGGUGGAUGGCAAGGACCCGAAGGAUUUGCAGCAGGAGAUUACCGAUGGAGAUGUGGAAGUUCCCCAAGAUUGAGCUGAAGGUUAAGCAUGGAAUUUGAUUUCAAAUUUCACACAAUUUUUGUUUUUCAUUGUGUUUUAGUUACGAAUGAUUUUGAGGAUGAACCUGUGAUAAGGAUUUUUGGGAUGCAUGGUGGAAAAUCGAGAAACAUGCUGUUACAUUACAGUGUAAGUUGGAGAUGCUUAUUUUUCCAAGUAAUUCUAGAUUUAGUUUCAUGUGCUAUGGUUUUUGGA